GGUAUCCCAUGGAAAUAUAUGCAAUUGUAGAUGGCACUGUUUUAUCAUAUAUACUGGACCCAAACUUUGAAAAAUAUCUGCCUGUUAUUCCAUCGGAAGUUAAUUCAUUUAAUUUCACAUGGACGUCAGGAGAAAAUAAGCAAUACUAUUACGCCUUUGAGCAUCUUUUGUCAUACAACAAAGAAAUAUUGAGCAAUCCUACAAUCUCCAUCGAAACAAAGGGAAAAGUGCCAAAGAAACCUGGAGUAUUCCAGGUAUUCUUGCCUUGUAUUAGGAACAACACUGGAACAGCUAGAUUCAGUAUCGGCUUGAGAAUACAGAACGAGCAUGGAACUUACCUUAGAGGCACUCCAUUGCGCUUACAUCUCCAAAAACAAUGUGCACAGCAUGUUACGGAUCCCGAAUGUGAUAAGAAGUGUGCCAAUGGAGGGCGCUGUAACCAGCAGAAAGUUUGUGAGUGCCAGAAGGGGUUUAUGGGCCAGCACUGUCGGACAGCUCUCUGUUACCCCCAGUGUAUGAACGGAGGAACGUGUGUAUCAACGGGAGUAUGCAAGUGUGCUGAAGGUUACCAGGGGCCUCACUGUGAGGGUGGGAUAUGUCGGGAGAAAUGUUUGAAUAGAGGGAAGUGCGUUCAGAAGGACAAGUGCAAGUGCAGAAAAGGUUAUUAUGGUCGUCGUUGUGAAUACAGUAAGUGUACUAUACCUUGUUUGAACGGAGGAAAGUGUGUUGGAGUCAACCAAUGUCGGUGUAAAAGGGGAUAUUCUGGAGCUCAGUGUGAUCUGGAAAGUAAGGAGAAAGGGAUAGAAAAGCGGAGUCAUCCACGCCAGAGAAGAACGAAGCAGAUGUACGUUUGAGUUUUGGAAGAAUGAAGAAAUUGGACGCAUUCAUAUUAUUAUUAUUAAAUCUGAUAGUAGCCAAAGCCAGAGCAAUACGUACUAGACAACGCUAUAGCCAAACAUCGGAUCAUGCACUUUUGUGGACAACUAGUUUGCUCUAAGUUGUCAAUAUUUCAUUCUUGUUAUUUUAACCUGAUCUGCCCGUAUGGAGAAGAUAUUCAGUUGUUUAUUUUGUAUAACAAAAAUGUGAAUUGUUGUGAACCUUGUCUUUUAUUGAGAGCAGUUAAUGUACCUGUUUACUUUUCGUUUUAUAUUCACUUUUCGAUAAUUGAAUUCUGUUGUUUACAGUAUUGAUAUCCGGUAUUUGCUGUACAUGACAGAUGUAAUUCUAACUUUACAAGAUACUUGCAUAUUAUUCCAGAAAUAUCAUAUUAACACGUGGAAUAAACUUACUUUUUUUUUAUGAAAAGAUGUGAAGGCUUUUAUAGUUUAUAGACUCGCAGGGAAAAAAACAUUACUAUUAACGGGAGUCAUAUGACUCCCCACUAAAGCUUAAAAGAAAAAUAGUGAAUAAUUUAUAACAAAAACAACCCGUGAAGUUAAAGCAAAAUAAAGUUAAAUUUAGAACACAGAAAUGUUAAGUUUAAAUCACUAAGAAAUCUAGCUACAACAAGGAAAAAUCUAGGAAAUUUAAAUAUUUAUAAAAACUCUUUAACACUUGCUUAUCGGGACAUAACAUGGAUUUAAACACAAUAACAGUGACAAAACCAAGCUGUUUACACACAUGACCUACAGCCAAAAGCAUUGAACAUAGGAGCGUGGAUUGACUGUUUAUUGUUGUUGUGUUUAAUUUCGCGCAAAGCUACUCGUGGAAUAUCUGCACUAGCCGUCCCUAAUUUUCAAGUGAUAGGCUGGAGGAAAGGCCAACACCACCAUUCAAGUGAUAGGCUGGAGGAAAGGCCAACACCACCAUUCAAGUGAUAGGCUAGAGGAAAGGCCAACACCAUCAACUCCUGGGCUAUUCUAAUCAAAUAGUGGGAUUGUACCAUUGAAACUUUCGUUCAUUACCUGAUUCGUCAAGUUACUCUUCCUGCAGGAUAACACCCGUCAUCAUUAAUUAACCAAGUUUCGUGUGCAUCAGAGCAAGGAUAACCGAGUUGUUAAUUUCAGCGACUCUGUGUACAAA